AUACUGAACUUGGAAAGACAGCUCCACAUUUUUGCAGUUAUGGCAUUCUUUUCUUCCCUGACCCCAGUCUUCAUAGCCAUUAUAUGUGUUUUGAUUGGGGUAAUACUGAAGAAGAAGAAUGGAGAGAGAGAAAAACAUGAGACUAAGAGCAAGCCUCUACCUCGCCCAUGGGUUGAUGAAGACUUAAAAGAUGGUACUGACCACCAAUUAGAGGAAGAAGAGGUUGAUGAAGAGUGGCAAGGAUUUGAUGAAAAUACUGCCCAUGUCCCCUUCUCUGCUGAGCGCUACUCUGAGGCUGAAAUGAUUGAAAGGUCACAAGAGUUUUACAGACUUCUUAAUAAGAGGCGGUCUGUCAGGUUUCUCAGUGAUGAGCCAGUCCCCAGGGAGGUUAUCGAUAAUGUCAUCAGAACAGCAGGUACUUCACCCAGCGGAGCACACACUGAACCUUGGACCUUUGUGGUAGUGCAAGAUCCAAAUUUAAAACAUAAAAUUCGGGAGAUUGUAGAAGAAGAAGAAGAAAUAAACUACAAAAAAAGGAUGGGAGAUAGAUGGGUUAAUGACCUGAAAAGACUGAGAACAAACUGGAUCAAAGAGUAUCUGGAUACUGCUCCUUAUCUGAUCCUCAUUUUCAAGCAGGUAUAUGGGAAACUUCCAAAUGGCAAAAAGAAGACCCAUUACUAUAACGAAAUCAGUGUUUCUAUUGCCUGUGGUAUCUUGCUUGCUGCACUGCAGAACGCAGGCCUAUACACAGUGACCACCACACCAUUGAACUGUGGCCCUCACCUGCGGGUGCUGCUCCAGCGCCCAGCAAAUGAGAAGCUACUCUUACUGCUCCCUGUUGGCUAUCCCAAGAAAGAUGCCACUGUGCCUGCACUAACCCGAAAGCCACUGGAAGACAUCAUGGUGAUCAUGUAA